CGGCCUCGUCUAGCGCCGCUGGUCAAAAAAGCUCUCUGAAACUAUUUUGUAACCGCUGAGCGGCGGCGGCUCGUUCUGAGCGUUCCGCGACAGUGCGGGAGACUCGGCGAUUAACCGCGGUCUAAAAAUGAGCGAGCGCCGCUCACACACGAGGUACAGAGCUAGAGGUCACGCCAAUAAUAACCAGCUAGCGGCCGUAAGACACUAGCAAAAAUCGGACCGCAGCGGGGCAGCCGCGGCAGCCGCAUAGUUCGUACCGAAAACAUCACAUAGAUGCCGCCCCACCGACGACGACGGCCACUCGCCCUACUCACGCUCGCCCUCGCCGCCGCCCAGCGCGACAACCACGACGCCCCUGUAUACAGUGACUGCGAGCUCCACUGCGACGGCGGGUCCUGCGCCUACCGGCAUUGUGAUGAUAUAAGUUGUCGGGGCGGCGCCUGCCGCUUCGAGGACUGCAAGCGGCCGUCGUGCGACGGCGGCGCGUGCACGUUCGUCCGGUGCGCGGACCCCAGUUGCCGCGGCGGCGGCUGCGAGUUCACGGACACGACGACGACGCUGGGCUGGGGCUAUUGCGACGGCGGCAACUGCCGCGUGCAGGGCGAGGAGUGGCCGUCGCGCGUCGCGGGCGUUUUGUCGUUCUGAGACUCGCGUGUGUAGUAGUAAGUCAUGGUUAGUAGAGCUAGGGGCGAGCUC